AAGUAUUAGAUAAAUUAGAUAUAAAAUCGAGUUUUAUUAUUUUCGUAUAAUAAAACAAAAAUAAGAAUAAAAUUAAAUUAUAUAAUUCGCUAGCUCAAAUCAUAAACAAAUAAAAAGUAAUAACUGCUGUGCAGGGAACGCUUUUGUUUAAAUUAAGCAAUCAUUAUGAACACGCUCUUGAGCAUCACACGUGUGCGAUCGGCUCUUCCCGGUAAUUUCGAGUGCUGUGCCUUGAAACGAGAGGAAGAGAGCGCGUGUGGUGUAUCGGUGUGUGGGAGGAUGACAGCUGAUUUCGAACAGUUUUGACUUGCUGUGCAGUCAAGAUAGGGCGAAAUCAUUCAAGUGAAGAGAGAUUUAUUGAACUCUCAAUUGUUAAAUAAAAAAAAAAAAAAUGUUUGGUAUUUUAUUACAAAAAUCUAAAUCUGUAAAUAUUUUAUUACAGAAUUGUCGCUUGAAUAAAAAAAAAAAAGGAAAAAUAGAGCUAGUAUGUCGACUGAUAAUCAAGACGAAAUUUUUGAACAGCAAAAGGAAAUUUUAGAUGAUUCAUCAUUAGAAAAUGAAUUAUUGGAGGGUGACGGAGAAAAUGGAGAAAAUACACAAAAUAAAGAAAAUCAAUCAGAAGAAGAAGAAACAAGGGAUAAUCCCCCUAAUAUUGAAUCUGAUAUUCAUAAUUGUAAGUUGGUCACAUGUAUGCGAGAUCAGCAAUAUUUGGUUAAGUCCAUGAAACAAGUCAUGGAAAAACACCUCAACAUGCUGGGUGAAGUCGAAAGUAUAACAAGAAAUUUAGCUACAGCAGAAAGAACACGACUAGAAACAAUACGAGAACAACGUUUAGCAACUGAAGAAGUGAGAAAGGUCUUGGUAGAAGCACAAAAAAUCUCAUCAACAAUACAACAAACACCAGCGGAUUCAGAACGACAAUUUAGACGAUUAGAUGGAAAUGUAUUCAAUUCUACCACAAUAGACGCAACAUUAGAAGCAAGUCACAUACAACAACCCAAUGCUAGUAUUGGCCAAAAUGUAAGUUUAGAAAUAGCACAAGCAUUAAAUAAUACGGCACUAGAAAUUAGAAAAACUUUAGAAUCAAAAGGGUCAGAUAAUAAAAAAGAUUAUAAAUUAACUAGAAAAAGCAAUAUGGAUGUUUGGAUGGAUCAUUUGAGAAGUGAAUUAACAGAAAAAGAUUUAAUUGAUGUAAUAAAUGAUCAAAUUAAUCCACCAAACAACCUUACUGCUGAUACCAUAUCAAAAAGACGUAAUAAAGUUAGACGCAUAAUAAUAUCACAUUUAGAAGAAUAUUAUCAUGCAGAAGUUUUAAAUAUUUCUGAUCCUAAGUUAGUCCUACAAAGAAUUAGAGAAUUUAGAAGAACAGAAAACAAUUUAACUCAUUCAGCUGUUAGAACUCAAUUAUAUAACUUAAAGCUAAAUAAAAAUGAAUCAGCUCAUAAUUUUAUUACUAGAUUUAAUGAGUUAAUUAGAAGUUAUGAAAAUUGUGAAGAAGCAAUUCCUUUGACAAAUGAGGAAAAACGAUCUGCAUUUUAUCAAGCAGUAUCGGACACAGAACCCGAUAUUAGAUCUGCUGAUUUAAUGAAAAGGCAAAUGGGUGAACAAAUGACUUUAGAUCAAUUAAAAUCAUAUUUAUUACAGUUAGAAGCAGAGAGGAAAGCAGCUAAACCCCAAAAAGCUACAACAACAACAGCAAACUCAGCUCAGGUUAAACCAGCCUGGCAGAGUGGUCCUCACCGUAAUUGCCAUAGAUGUAAUAAAACAGGGCAUAAUGAGAGUGAUUGUCCUCUAAUUAAAUACGAUUUGUAUUUUUGCUAUGUGUGCCGACAAGUAUCUAGCCACAUAGGUACAAAUUGUCCUAAACGUGGUAAUGAAAAUUACAGAGGAGGAAAUUCAUCUAGAGGAAGAGGGUAUGUAAACAAAUUAGAUAAUAAACAAAAAUGGUCAAGCACAUCAAAAACAGAUAAUCAAACUAGAGGUAGAGGUAGAAUUGUAUACAAAGGGGGUCAAACGUCGUUCAACCGCAAUAAUAAAAAGCCCUACAGUCGUCCACAAAAAUCAAAUGCUAAAGCUAAUCUAACAGGUGAGAUUUUAAAUGAUAAUACAAGUACAAAAGAAAUAAAGUUCGUAGCAGAUUCGGGUGCUACAGAACAUAUAGUUAAGAAAAGCAUAAUUCUAAGUAAUUUUAAAUAUUGCUCAAAUGAGGUUAUUAAAAGUGCUAAUAAAAAUAGAAUAGCUGAUAUAAAAAUAGAUGGAAAAGGUGAUUUGUAUUUAUACAAAGUAAAUACAAAUCAGUCUAUAAAAUUAACAAAUGUAUUAGCUGCUGAAAACAUCGCGAAAAAUUUAAUAUCAUUAAGACGCUUUGUAGAUGCUGGACUAGGAAUAUAUUUAGACGAUAAAACUUUAACAAUCUUCGAUAAAAUUACGGGAGAUGAAUUUUUAUCAGGAAAAUAUGAAAAACCAAAUUGGAUUGUAACAUUAAAAGUUAAUACAAAUGAUUCAGAAAAUUGCGAAGUAAAAUCAUAUCAAUGUAAUGGGCAAAUAAUAUCAGAUUUUGACCAUCUUGAUCAAUCUCAGACAAAUGAUGUUUUGGGUUUAUCAGUUUCGGAGGGAGAAACUACCCAAAACAUCAGAUGCGAUUCGUCAGGGAUUGGGAGGGAGAAGUGUCGGGAUGAACAAAAUCUGAAUGAAAACGAAAAUAAUACGGGCAUAGAAAAAUUAGAAUCAGAUUUUAAAUUAGAUGAGCAAACUUUGAAUAGAAAAAUAUUAGAUUUAAAUUCGGUGAAAGAAUUAGAAAAGUUCAAUAAAAUGAAAGAGUUAGAGUCAAAUAAAACGGUAAUUAAAAAUAACAAAUUAGAUGAAGCCAUGUUAUGGCAUUCAAAAAUGGAAAAAUUACCAUUCAAAGAGACUAGAACUAGAUCGGUUAGACCUCUACACACGAUUCAUGUUGAUACCAUGGGACCAAUAACACCCUUAUCGUUCCCUGGUGAAAAUAGAUUCAUCAUUGUUUUUAUAGAUGAUUUUUCUAGAUAUGCUCAAGUAUAUCCAGUGCAAAACAAGAGUGAAGCAGGAAAAGAUAGUAAAGUAUGUUACAUUAGAACAGAUAAUGGUACAGAAUUUUGUGGAGGGGAAUUUCUAGAAAUAAUGAAAGAAGAGAAAAUAGAAGAAAACUUUGCACCACCUUACACUCCAGAACACAAUGGUACAGCUGAAAAAUUUAACAAAACGUUACAGCAGAAAAUUAGAGCGUUGCUAAUUGGUUCUGGGGUACCAAAAAGGUUCUGGUCUUUGGCAGCUGAAACAGCAGUUAAUGUUUAUAAUAGAACACCGCACAAAUCAAAUAAUUUUGAAACUCCAUUAUAUAGAAUAAAUUCAAGUCUGAAAAAUCAUUUAGAUUCACUUAGAAGGUUUGGUUGUUUAGCUUAUGUGAGAAUACCAAUCACAGAAACCAAGUUCUCCGAAAGAGCGUUAAAAACAAUAUUGGUAGGUUAUUCAAGCACAGGAUAUGUUUUGUGGCAUUAUUCAACGAAUAGAUUUAUAAAUUCAAGACAUGUUAAAUUCAAUGAAAAACAAGUAUAUAAAGACUUGUUAGAUGUUGAUAGAUUAGAAGAACAUGGAAAACUAGAUGAAAAUAAUAUAGACUGGUUUAACGUAGAAGAAAAUAACUCCAUUCCCAUUAUUAAUAAUGAGUUAGUAUUAGAGGAACAAAUAGAUAAGAAAAACCUGAAGCGGGGUAGACCAAAGAAAAAAUCAUUAGAAGAACAGGAAAUAAAAGAAAAAGAGGUUAAAAUACCAAAGUUAUCCAAAAGAAUUCCAAAACCAAAAUUAGAUGAAAAUUUUGUUUAUAGAGCAAAAACUCAACUGAUAGAAGAUACUAGUUUUGCAUUCUUUACAGCAAAAGAUAUUGAAAUAGACAAAUUUCAAUUCGGUCAAAAUUUAGAUGGGCAGGAAAACAAAGCAAUAGAAAUAGAUGAACUAAAACAUGCUAUGUUUGCAAAUAUUAAUAAAGAUCCUACUAAUUGCGAUGAAGCUAGAAAAAGAGCGGAUUGGCCGAAGUGGAAAAAGGCCAUGGAAGAAGAAAUUAAAUCAAUGGAUGAUAAUCAGAUGGAUGUAAAAACAGCAUUUUUAUAUGGAAAAUUAGAUGAAUUAAUUUAUAUGGAAAUACCUGAGGGAAUAGAAAAUGGAGAUAAAAUUAAAAGAACUAAGUGGAACAAUAGAUUUUCAGAAGUUGCUCGAAAACUAGGAUUAGAAAAUGAUGUGAAUGAACCUUGUUUGUACACAUGGAGAAAAGAAGGUAAAAUGGCUGUGCUAGCGCUGUAUGUAGAUGAUAUGAUAGCAGCUAGUAAUUAUCCUGAAAAAUUAGAAGAAAUUAAAACAGUGUUAAAAUCUGAGUUUGAAAUGAAAAUGUUGGGUGAGCCCAAAAUGUUUCUUGGUAUGAAAAUAGAAAGAGAUAGAUCAAAUCAAGAAAUGUUAAUUUCACAACCAGAUUAUAUUGAAAAGAUUCUAGAACGUUUCAAUAUGAAGGAAUGCAAGCCACAAAACACUCCCAUGGUCACUAGACAAGUGAAACAUAGAAGUGAAAAAGGAAAAAUAAAACAAAAUGAAAAUCAAGUCAGUUCCAAAGUAGAUGCAAAACUCAAAGUACCUUAUCGAGAAGCUAUUGGGAGUCUAUUAUAUUUAGCUGGCACCACUAGACCAGAUAUAUCGUAUGCGGUCAACUAUUUAUCUAGAAGACAAUUAAAUACUACUGAAGAAGACUGGGUAGAAGUCAAAAGAAUUUUUAGAUACCUUAGAGGAACUUCGAACGUAGGUUUAAGAUUUAGAGGUCUUACAAAUAAUUUAGAAGCGGUAACAGAUGAAGUUUUAGAGACUGUGAAGAAUCAACCUCAACCAGUGGAAAAACCCGCUAAACCAGAAGAAAAGAAAUAG